CUUCCCGGCGUGCUUUGCGCGGCGCGCGCGGCCUGGGCCCGGUUGACUUUGCGGAGCCAUGGAGAGCAGUUUCGGCUCGGACUUCGGGAGCUCGGGCAGCGGCAAGCUGGACCCGGGCGUCAUCAUGGAGCAGGUGAAGGUGCAGAUCGCCGUGGCCAACGCGCAGGAGCUGCUCCAGAGAAUGACCGACAAGUGCUUCCGCAAGUGCAUCGGGAAGCCCGGGGGCUCCCUGGACAACUCGGAGCAGAAAUGCAUCGCCAUGUGCAUGGACCGCUACAUGGACGCCUGGAACACCGUGUCCCGCGCUUACAACGCGCGGCUGCAGCGAGAACGAGCCAACAUGUGACCCCCGUCGACGGCCGGUGGUCGUGCGCGAGGCGGCUGGGACAGUUGGGAUUUUGCCGCCCGCCCCUCUUCUGCCCCCCAAACGCACCCACCCCGCAGCAGCCGGGGUUUCGAGCUGGGGCUGUGGGGAGGAUUCCAGAACUUUCCAAAGGGGUGAUCUCUGAUAUGCCCAGGCCAAGUGCAAGCAAGCCCUGGGGCCCAGAAUGUUCCUUUGGAGCUGGAGCAUGAAUGGGGGGGGGGGUUUAUGUCGAAUACCCUCCCACUCCAGAGUUUUGGGGUUGAGCCAAUAAAUGGUGGAGGUGGGGCGUCAGGCCGAGACCCCCUGACCCACCCAUGCCAUGCCAAA